CAUCCACAGGACGGGGAGAGCCACGCAGCCGUGGGACGCGGAGACACGACAAGAAAUACAUGAAAGCCAGAACUCUUUAGUUGAAAUACGCCCUUUAACGGCGGGGACUAUACCGGCAAAGCUGAAAGAGACUAUUACAAGAGACAAAUCUAGUGUGAACUACUGUAAGUUUUGUGGAACCUGUCUACCCCCCUUAAUACUUUGCAACUAAAUUGGAAAAAAAAAAAAAAAAAAAAAAAAAAAAGAGAGGGGACUUUCUUGAUUGUAAUAACCAGUCAGCUUUGUUAGAAUUUCCUAUACAUUUUUUUUAUUCCGGUAGUUUCGGUGAUAAUAAGCUGUCACCUGCCACCACCAGGACUCUCCUCCGUUUCCCUCCAAGACCAGGGACACGGGAUUUUUCCCUUUUUCCUUUUUUAUUUUGUUUUUGCUUUUCUAAAAAAAAAAAACGCAACUGAGCCCGUGGUAUCUGCACACUGAGGAGGCGAGAGGGGGAAAGCGGCUGGCACAAAGAGCGGAGAGUAUCCAGAGACUGGAGGCAGGACGGGACUGGAGAGAGCGACGGCGGUGAGGAGGACAACAGAGAGAAGCGGCGGAGAGAGCAUCCUUCAAGUUCCGAUCUGAGCCACAAACCCUGCUCAUUCACGGGAUCCUGAACACCGUUUAUCCAACAAAAGGAUCUGUCCAGCAUCCGCUGGUCCUUUCCAGGGAUACCUGCUCGUGAUCGUUUGCCCCUCAGUCCCUGGAAUAAUCUCCUCCACUUUGUCCCAAUGAAGGAGGCUGAUGCCAUCAAGUUGUUUGUGGGGCAGAUUCCCCGGAAUCUGGAGGAAAAGGACCUCAAACCCAUUUUUGAGCAGUUUGGGAAGAUCUAUGAGUUAACCGUGAUCAAGGACAAAUACACUGGGAUGCAUAAAGGAUGUGCAUUUCUGACGUACUGUGCAAGAGAGUCGGCACUGAAAGCCCAGAGCGCUCUUCAUGAGCAGAAAACACUGCCGGGGAUGAACCGGCCAAUCCAGGUGAAACCGGCUGAUAGUGAAGGUCGAGGAGAGGACAGGAAGUUGUUUGUGGGCAUGCUGGGAAAGCAACAGAGUGACGAGGAUGUCAGAAGGCUUUUUGAGCCCUUUGGCAGCAUAGACGAGUGUACUGUUUUGAGAGGACCAGAUGGCGCAAGCAAAGGAUGUGCUUUUGUUAAGUUUCAAGGACAUGCAGAAGCCCAAGCUGCCAUCAACAGCCUGCAUGGGAGCCGCACAAUGCCCGGAGCAUCGUCCAGUCUGGUCGUAAAGUUUGCUGACACAGAGAAGGAGCGGGGGCUGAGGAGGAUGCAGCAGGUGGCCUCCCAACUGGGCAUCUUCAGUCCCAUGGCUCUCAAUUUCCCUGCCUACAACGCUUAUACACAGGCGGUCAACGCACAGCUUGUCCAGCAGCAGGCCCUGGUUGCGCAGUCAGCGUACUUGUCUCCUGUGGCAACAGUUGCUGCCGUACAGAUGCAGCAGAUGGCGGCACUCAAUGCCAACGGAAUCAUUGCCACACCCAUUACACCCAUCACACCAUCCUCGGGUACAAACACUCCUCCAACUAUUGCAGCAACACCGGUGCCAGCUCUCCCUCCACCAAUAGGAGUGAAUGGUUACAGCAACGUGCAAGCUCCCACCAAUGGACAACAAACAGAAACAAUAUACACCAAUGGUGUUCAUCCAUAUCAAGCCCAGAGUCCGGCAGCAGCCUUGGAUCCAUUGCAGCAAGCCUACGCAGGCAUGCAACACUACACAGCCGCAUACCCUGCUGCCUACGGAUUGGUUGGGCAGCCGUUCCCCCAGCAGCAAACACUGGUUGCCCAGCAACACCAGCAGCCCCAGCAACAACAGCAAAGAGAAGGUCCAGAGGGGUGUAACAUCUUCAUCUACCACCUGCCUCAGGAGUUCAGCGACUCUGAGAUGCUGCAGAUGUUCCUGCCCUUUGGCAAUGUCAUAUCAGCGAAGGUGUUUGUGGACCGCGCUACGAACCAGAGCAAAUGCUUUGGAUUUGUGAGUUUUGACAACCCAGCCAGCGCUCAGGCUGCCAUCCAGGCCAUGAACGGUUUCCAGAUUGGCAUGAAAAGACUCAAAGUGCAGCUCAAAAGGCCUAAAGAUGCCAACCGCCCGUAUUGAGUGACAACUAAAAGGAGGAAGAACAAAUAUAGAGAGGUGACCUCUCAGAGUCCAGCUGAGGUGGAAUCCCGGGGUUCAUUGUGCUUUCAGACUGUCUGCCACCUGUGAGCGCCUGCGGAGUGCUAUCACACACACACAUACACACACACACACACACACACACACAUACAUACAGGCAUACACUGACUGAUGCGCACACACAAAGAGAAAUGCACUCUCAAGACUGAACCUGAAAUGGCUGAUAUGUACAUAAAGUGCACAAACACAUGCUUAAGGACACGCACAUAAAUACACACGGUUCACACAAGUAACUUACUCAUUGAGCCAAGAGCUUGGUUUGACCAUAGUCUGUGUGGAACAGGGUGUAAAAGUCAGCUAAAACAACUCAGACCGUGUGCUUUGGGAGGAUGCUGAUAAAAACUGCUGAUACAUCUCUUCAAUAGACUUUAACAUGUCUAUCCCACAUCUAUUACAUGACAAAUAUAGAGCAAUGUUUCCUAAUAAAAAAAGACAAAAUACAACAACUAAAUGAGUAGGUUAGAGAGACUUUGAAGACCCUAAUGACCUGUAAAUAGUUUAGUUUACAAAGAGCAGCAUUUAAAAAAAGAAAAAAAAAUGAGAAAAAAUGCAAAAAGAAUAAUACUUUAGAUAAAACACUUAACAGGACACAGCAACAUAACUAUUAUUAUCAUUAUUGUUAUUAUUAUUACCACUAGUGACGUCAUCAUUUUCAUAAAAGGAUAUGACAUUCCAAUUGUAAAAUGGGAAAUCACAAACCUAUUUUAAAUUUCUACUUAGAUUUUAGGUGAAACACAGGGGGAGGGGGUAUUGCACUUUGAUUCGGGAGGUUUUAAUAUUUGAACUAUUUUUUAUUUAUUUACUGAUUUAACAAUUAUUUUGUUUAAUGGGGGAAAGGGUUUGAGUGGGAUGCAAUAUUUUGAUUUUAGAAUUUUCUAGAGAAAAAAAAAUUUUGAGGGCCUGUUUCUGUCAGACUCUUGCAAUUGAGUAAUUAUAAUGUAUCUAUUAAUUAUUACAGCAAUUAUAUUUAUUUCUAAUUUAUUGAAUCCUGUUUUUGAUCCACUCUCUUUUUAAGUUUAA